AUGUAAUUAAAUCCUAAAUAAUAUAAAUUAAUUUACCAUAGCAUUCUUUAAUUGUUUAUUAGACAAUACCAUCACUUUUCCAACCUUCUUCUUCUUACACAAUAAAUUAUUUUUAAUUAAACAAUUAAAAAAAUAAGUGCUAAUUUAAACAUCCUGAUGAAUUACACGAAUCACACCCUCUUGCACAUUCAUUUAUUGAUAAUUCAAUUUCUGUAAUUCCCCAAAACCCUUUUUCUGCAAUCAUGGCUAUUGUUACAGUUGAACUAUAGUGAUAAUUAGUAAUAGAAAUAGGAAAAAAAUUAAAAAAAUUAGAAAUUUAGCAUGUGUUAGUAGGAUCUUCAUUAGUGUAAUAUGUUUGUUUAUGUUCAAUCUUAUUAUCAAUAUAUACAAUGA